AUGUCGGUGGGCAGCGACGAUUCAUCGCCGUUCCCAUUACUCUUUGAGAGCCGCACGGAAACAAAACGACCACCCUUGAGGCGUACAAAACGGUGCCAACUUCCUCUCGAUUUUUUCAGUAGCUCAUGCAGCGAAGUAUCCGACGAUGACGAUGACGAAGUCUUCUGCUCGCGCUUCGUUAUGCCCAACCAUCAUGUGAAAGUCAUUACUGGCUCCGACAGCGAUUCGGAGUCAGAUCCGGAAGAUGACGAACUCGCAAAAAUAAUACGCCUCACUCCUGUGUCUGUGGAGUCGCUGAAGACUGCAAAGGCCUCACAUGUGCCCGCGCCCGCCACAUCUCCCCCGCCGCCUGCGGUAAACCCUGUACCUUCAGCACACGAUGAUUUUGACUUCUCUGCUCCUCCUGUAUAUCAUGGCUUUUCCUACGCGGCCUUUGGUCUCGUGAAACGCGUAUGGGAUAUACGCCGCGACGCAUGGAACAAUCAACCGGCUGCUGCUGUUGCCGCAGCUGCAUACGGCGGCAUCGCCCUUUCUCCUGAGCCGCAACCUCAAGAUCGACCACCACUUGUCCCCCAACGAGUCGCAAGCUCGGAUCCCUCCGCGCCAAUAUACCCACGCAUUGGGUCUCUCGCCGGCCUACACGAUCCCCAAAGCGCUGCCAUGGACCGCGCGUUCUGCCGCUUUCCCAUGUACACCAUGCUCAAGAUUCUAUUCCUACAUGAGAUGCUCCGUUCAUCCUCUCGCUUACCACCUCCUACCACUCCUACAGCACCCCAAUCACGCUCACCGACGGAUAGCGACGAAGAAGACACGCUUGUCGGGGAUGAACACGCGGACGAGGACCUCGCCAAAGGCAAGACAAGGGCGCCCUUGUCGAAUCCCAUCCUGACUGCGACGGAGUGGCAGCGUACAUGGCUCGAGCGCUGGCAGUUCCUCAUGGACGUUUCUACCACCGACCCUCUUACCGUUUCCCCGCGGUUGACCUCCCCCGAGGACACGGCAUUGCGGGUAGAGCUCCUCGAACACACUACUCGCCAAUGGGCUUGCGCUGAUGUGGACAUACAUGCCUACUCAGUGGACGCUUAUGCCGAUACGUCCGCGUACGUGGAAGAGACAAGCAUAUGCACCGACGAGUCUGAGGACGAAGACGCUGUGCGAUCGCGCUUGAUGGAGGAGGCUUUCCGUCCGCAAAGCCCAAAAUUCUUCUUCGCCGGGAGUGAUGACGACGACGACGACGACUGGGACGCUUUAGAAGAGGACUUCCGCGGGCUCGCGAGUUGCUCGGCGGCCGCACAGUUCCUAUCACGGAGGGAUAUGAACCACCCUAAUAUGAUGGCGAUGGCUUGA